AAGAAGCCCGAAAUGUUAACGCUUUAGACUGGAAGCAUCAGGCAGUCAGAGGAAGAUGGCGACCCGAGUCCUUCAGAACGUGGGAAGGGGCCUGAGUCAGGCACGGAGCAAGGUCCACAGCGGGGGACAGCUUCUCCUCACCGCCAGGGGUCUUUCAGCAUCCAAUCACAAAAACCGGGAGGACAGCUGGUUUAAAUCACUAUUCGUUCGAAAGGUAGACCCCAGAAAGGAUGCCCACUCUCAUCUGCUUGCAAAGAAGGAGGACAGCAACCUGUACAAAAUUCAGUUUCACAACGUUAAACCGGAGUGCCUGGAUGCCUACAACAAGCUUUGUGAGAAUGUGCUGCCAUCGAUCCACUCUGACCCACAUUACCCCUGUGAGCUGGUAGGCACCUGGAACACAUGGUAUGGAGAGCAGGAUCAAGCAGUUCAUUUGUGGCGAUAUCGAGGAGGUUACCCAGCUCUUACUGAAGUCAUGAAUAAACUUCGGAUGAAUAAGGAAUUCAUGGAGUACCGCAACGAGCGAGGCAAGAUGCUCCUGUCCCGACGCAACCAGCUGCUGCUAGAGUUCAGCUUCUGGAAUGAGCCGCUCCCCAGGAAGGGGCCCCUCAUCUAUGAGCUGAGGUCCUACCAGCUCAGGCCUGGGACGAUGAUUGAGUGGGGAAAUUACUGGGCCCGGGCCAUCCGGUACCGCCAGCAGAAUGAGGAGGCAGUGGGCGGCUUCUUCUCACAGAUUGGGAGCCUCUACAUGGUGCACCAUCUCUGGGCUUACAAAGAUCUUCAGUCUCGAGAAGACACCAGAAAUUCAGCUUGGCAGAUGGAGGGCUGGGAUGAAGUGGUAUAUUACACAGUUCCUCUGAUUCAACACAUGGAGUCCAGGAUCAUGAUUCCCCUGAAGAUAUCACCACUGAAGUAACACUCCCCUCUGCAUCCUCCUGAAAUACAGGGAUACUUCUCCAGCAGAUCGAGACCCACGUCCAAACCCCACACUGCCAUCGUUUUAAGCUCCUUUUUAUCAACGUUGGCGACCUCUGUCCACUUUUUUUUUUCUUUUUCCUUUGGUAGUUUUUUCACUGUAAAGCAUUUCUAGGUUAUUUAACGAUAAACUCCCUAAAACAUUUAAAACUAAGGGGUAGAUAUAAUGCUGCGAUGAUGACCUGCUACGAGGCAAUGAAAUUUUACAGUAAAAAUCUGCCAAAAAGCUAGUAACAGGUGACCAGAAUCUGACCUCCUCAGUUAGAGCUCCAGGAUCUGUGGCUUAGGCCAUAACGUAACGCACACGCCAUUUCUGCUAAGACCUGUGUUUGACUCUGUGUGAUCAGCCCCUCCACCUACCAAACGGUCGUCCUUAGCCUGCAUGCUCCAUAUCGUUGUAAGUUGGAGUAGUUUAUGCAGAGAGUGACUUACUCUCCCAAGUUUUCCUGGCCCAGCAGGACUGUGCCUCUCAGCCGUACAGAACUUCACCUCUGUCUCAGACGGACCCUGCAAAGUUCCCUUCUUUUAAAUUAGCCCUAUAACAACACAAGAGUUGGUCAGCUUAUAAAAGCUGUAAAAAUAGCUUUGGUUCUGCUUUGAAAAUAAAUGAGAAGCUCAGGGCUUUUAGUGACAUUAAAAUCCUAUAGCGUUAAGUGGCUUCAGGUUUAGUGGCCUCGCUUUGACACCACAGGUAUGAAGUGUCUAGAAGAACAUGCCAGAAUCCAGGAAGUUAGAUGACGGUUCCUUCUGAAAUACCACAGAGUCUGUGAUGCAGCCCUCUGUAGAGGCAAAUGUUAAGAUGCUUUUUACUGGCAGAUUUUCAAAAUUGGACUGCCCUUUCAGUCACUGUAAAGUAACUUACCUCCUGCAAGAUAAAUUAUAAUUCUGGUACACUUGGACAUUUUCAUUUUCUUUUUGAUCGGUAAAAUUAGUACUUGGGUGCUGGUUUUUUUUUUUUUUUGUAGUUAUGGCCUUGUUUGGGUUUUAUCGUUUGAAUCAUGUCUCUACCCUGAUCGUUUAUUUUUAAUUGUGUCUGCGGCAAAUGAAUGAUUCAGGUCAAAUGGCAUCGUCAUGCGGGCAGUUGUUAGCAUGUCUCAUCUUUGUUUAUGUCAUUUCAAGGGCAGUUUCUGGACAGUGAGCACCACAUGUAAACAUAGCAGCACAUGAAUAAAAAAGAUUUAAAUUAGAACAUUUUCAAAGUGAA